AGCAGUGACCUACACUGAUGCAUUUUGGCAGGUAAAGGUGGUUUCCUGGGAAUGGAUGAAAGCGGUGUAUUACUGGAUGAGGGCCACCUGGUGGAUAAUCUGGGUGCCCCCAUUCCCCUACCCUCACCCUCGCGGUCGUCCCCUCGCUCUCAAGGCUCGGAGAAUGGAGAGCGCUUUUCUCGUAAAGUUUUCGUUGGUGGACUCCCGCCUGAUAUAGAUGAAGAGGAAAUAACUGCAAGUUUUCGUCGCUUCGGUCCUUUAGUCGUGGAUUGGCCGCAUAAGGCCGAGAGCAAGUCUUAUUUCCCUCCUAAGGGGUAUGCUUUUCUUCUGUUUCAGGAUGAGAGUAGUGUGCAACAAUUAAUUGAUGCCUGCAUUCAGGAUGAUGAUAAACUGUACCUGUGUGUUUCAUCGCCGACUAUUAAAGAUAAACCGGUUCAGAUCCGACCCUGGCGACUCUCCGAUGCUGAUUUUGUCCUUGACGCCUCGCUUCCCUUAGACCCUCGCAAGACAGUGUUCGUUGGAGGUGUACCCAGGCCUCUUAAAGCUGUUGAACUUGCAAUGAUAAUGGAUCGACUUUAUGGUGGAGUUUGCUACGCGGGGAUUGACACAGACCCGGAAUUAAAAUACCCAAAAGGUGCUGGCCGAGUUGCGUUUUCAAACCAGCAAAGUUAUAUUGCUGCCAUCAGUGCCCGAUUUGUACAGUUACAACAUGGUGAUAUUGAUAAAAGGGUUGAGGUGAAACCAUAUGUCCUAGAUGACCAGAUGUGUGAUGAAUGUCAGGGGGCACGAUGUGGGGGCAAGUUUGCCCCUUUCUUCUGUGCCAAUGUUACUUGCCUGCAAUACUACUGUGAACACUGUUGGCAGACGAUCCACUCUCGUCCAGGACGUGAAUUCCACAAGCCGCUAGUCAAAGAGGGUGCUGAUCGCCCCCGCACUGUACCGUUCAGAUCUCCCUGGCGGUGGCACCGGGAACCUGGAUGGUGCCUCACAAACAAGUAAUGAGAAGAAAUUUGCCAUAUACUAAGGAUACCCCCAUGGCUGCCAACUGCUGUGGGUCUAAACUAAAGGAUAUCAAGAAAACUUCAAGCAACUCAUUGAAGCAGUCACCAAGCAAAGUCAGUACUCCCCCCUUUAACCCCACUGGAUGCCUCAUACUUAUAUCUCACAUCCAACACUGUAAGCAAAAGCCAUCACUUUACGGUAUAAAAAAAAGUAAAAAAACAACAAGCAAAAACUGCCAUGUUGAUUGUGGCGUCUCAAAGAAGCUUGACGUGUUUCUGUGUGUGGGUGAAGCAGAGUGUACCGUAGAGUAAUUGUCAGCCCCAUGCUUGUCUCCCAAAGGCUUAGCUCUUUCUUCCACAUGACGGCCAUUGGAUAGCAUUGCUCACUUGUGAUAGGACGAUGUUUGUACACCUCUUUUUCUAGAUGGGCCAGAUUUUUCUACUUCGCAGUUUUUUCAGCAACUGGCAGAAGCACACGGGCUGAUGAUGCAGAUGUAGUUUUCCCAUCGUAGUGAAAUCAAUUUCUGUGUUACAGAAAUCUUUGUAGUAUCUUUUACAAGCUUGCCCACUGAAUGGCUUACUUGUCAACCAGUGAGAUGUGUUAAACAUACACCCAACUUGACCAGUUUUUCCAGCGUCAACACAAGUCAUAGCCUUGUUCUAUUAUAUUGUACUAACAGAAUUUUUGCAAAAUUUCUUGUUCGACAUAACCCCAAAGAUUACUAUGGUGCAUAUGUAAGCAUUAUUACUGUAAUGUAAUAGGAUGGUGUUUUAUAAUUUUCAAUAUGAGUAUAGUUUACGGCUUCUGCUUCAGUGCUAUUUAAUAUUGUAUGUAUAUUAAUAACUGAUAGGAAUGUUUUCCUAGAGAGCAGAGUAGUCUGUGUUCUGUGGGUCAGAAGAACAAUAGUAAUCUCGAGUCAGUUCAAGACACUUUUCAUUGCCAUCGUUAAUGCGGGCCACAUUAUAGCAGUCAGGCUCGUCUUAUACCCACUGACCUAGAAAGUCUUAGACCAGGAGCGUCAUACUGCGCACAAGUCUCUCUAACAUUCUGCAGUAGACGGCUAUGAGGGCAAUGCUGAAUUUCAGAUUGUAUUUAACUUGAGCCCAUUUUUUAAUGAUAGAAAGGGAAAAAAUGGGCAUUAUUAAAACAAGACCUGCGUUGAGUAUUGCUUUUCGUAUUGUAGACUUAAGAGUGAGCAGGAGACUGAUGGAGGGGGAAGGUUAACCCUGACUUGACUGUAACAACAUCACAGUUGUACAUACAUAAAUGAGGGCAUAUUGCUUUCUUGAUACGUAAUUAGGAUAGGGAAAUAACACUUGUUGAAAGAGAGGAAUUAAUGGUCAGCAAUUAUGUAAAUCCCAAAGUUGGCAUAUACAUAUAUACAGUAAUGUAUAUUAUAUAUA